CUCGCUCGCUCGCUCUCUCUGAGAACUCGAAAAAACCUCAAGAGAGACGAAGAAAGAAACGAAGCUAUGGCAGCUUCAGCUUCGUCCAACCUUCUCUCCACCCCCUCUCUAAAGAAGCCAACCCUCCUUCCCUUCACAUCUCGCCACUUGUCCGCCCCCUUCCGUCCUCGCCCCAGGACCUUCGUCGUCCUGGCCAUGGACGCCAAACCAACGGUCCUCGUCGCAGAGAAACUGGGUCAGGCUGGCCUCGAGCUCCUCAAGGGCUUUGCCAACGUUGACUGCUCCUAUAAUCUCACCCAGGACGAGCUCUGCACCAAGAUCUCCCUCUGCGACGCCCUCAUCGUCCGCAGCGGCACCAAGGUCAGCCGCGAGGUCUUCGAGUCCUCGGGCGGACGUCUUAAGGUCGUGGGCCGUGCUGGCGUCGGUAUCGACAACGUCGAUCUGUCCGCCGCCACUGAGCAUGGGUGCCUUGUCGUUAAUGCCCCUACUGCUAAUACUGUCGCUGCUGCCGAGCACGGGAUCGCGCUGCUCGCUGCCAUGGCUCGGAAUGUCGCCCAGGCCGAUGCCUCUGUGAAAGCUGGAAAGUGGCUACGAAGCAAAUAUGUUGGUGUUUCACUCGUGGGUAAAACACUUGUUGUCAUGGGAUUUGGGAAAGUUGGAUCUGAAGUUGCCCGUCGUGCCAAGGGUCUUGGCAUGCAUGUGAUUGCACAUGAUCCAUAUGCCCCUGCAGACCGUGCCCGUGCAAUUGGAGUUGAACUGGUAACCUUUGAUGAGGCAUUAUCAACUGCGGAUUUCAUCUCCCUUCAUAUGCCUCUUACCCCUGCCACGUCAAAGAUUCUGAAUGAUGAAACUUUUGCAAAGAUGAAAAAAGGAGUACGUAUUGUCAAUGUUGCUCGUGGUGGUGUGAUUGAUGAAGAAGCUCUAGUGAGGGCCUUGGAUGCUGGAAUUGUUGCUCAGGCCGCACUUGAUGUUUUCACAGAAGAGCCACCAGCUAAAGACAGCAAGUUAGUGCAACAUGAAAAUGUGACUGUUACGCCGCAUCUUGGUGCCAGCACGAUGGAAGCUCAGGAAGGAGUGGCCAUUGAAAUAGCUGAAGCUGUUGUUGGGGCCUUGAAAGGGGAGCUUGCUUCUACUGCAGUAAAUGCACCUAUGGUUCCUGCUGAGGUCCUGUCAGAACUUAAACCCUUUGUUGUACUGGCAGAAAAGCUCGGGAGAUUGGCUGUACAAUUGGUUGCAGGAGGUAGUGGUGUGAAAUCAGUGAAGGUGACUUAUGCUUCUGCCAGAGCUCCCGACGAUCUUGACACCAGGCUGCUGCGAGCCAUGAUCACCAAGGGCCUGAUUGAGCCAAUAUCAAGUGUGUUUGUGAAUUUGGUAAAUGCCGAUUUCACAGCCAAACAGAGAGGUCUGCGCAUCACAGAAGAGCGAAUUCUACUGGACGGAUCCCCUGAGAACCCGCUUGAGUUCAUCCAGGUUCAGAUUGCCAAUGUGGAAUCGAAAUUUGCAAGUGCCAUCUCAGAGUCAGGGGAGAUUAAAGUGGAGGGGCGAGUGAAGGAUGGGAUACCACAUCUGACGAAGGUUGGAUCAUUCGAAGUGGAUGUUAGCAUGGAAGGCAGCCUCAUCCUUUGCAGGCAGGUUGAUCAGCCGGGGAUGAUUGGAAGGGUGGGGAGCAUCUUGGGUGAGGAGAAUGUAAAUGUCAGCUUCAUGAGCGUUGGGAGGAUUGCCCCACGGAAGCAAGCGGUGAUGGCCAUUGGUGUGGAUGAAGAACCCAACAAGGAAUCGCUUAAGAAAAUUGGGGACAUACCAGCCAUUGAGGAGUUUGUUUUCCUCAAGUUGUAGCAGUAUCAUUUCCUUAACGUUUUAUG